AUGGCCGCACUCAGCAGUGUCACAAGUUUCCCUAUAAAAACUAAACAAGUUUGUGUAGAUGUCAAUGGGAUCUGUACAGACAUUGUGUGCAGAGAUUUUGAAGAUCGCAUAUUCAUUGUGGUCACCCAACUACAAAAACUUGGAACACUGGUUCAUAUCUCCAAGGAUGUUUUAGUUGCCGAGGAUACCCAGUUGACAUUUACAACAAAGACAUUGCUGGGCAAAGAUGAGCCAUUGAUCCACGUGAUUGCACGAAACAUAGCUGUGGCCUUGAAUACCAGUAAACCCAUCGUGUUAGGCCUGGCCUUGAGAGACACCAGCAGGGAGACAACAAAAACCAUCGAGAACAUCAUCUUGGAGAACAAGGUGUGGGGCUAAGUUGAACUGAAAUGGGGCGAUGAUCCACGGAAUUGGUCAGAAGGGUGAUCCAGAGGACGGGUGAGGAGGGUGAUCCAAGGCAUUGGUCAGGAGGGU